UGUGAAAUGGACAGAAGCCAGACGAAGAAAACCAAGAAAACUCACUUCCAAGAUGGGAACCACAGAAGCACAUCUCCCGUUCACAACCGCAACCCGUCUUCCCUCCGAUUUCGUUGUCGUCCCCCGGCCAGGUUGCCCCCCCGCCCCACAGCGCCCCGUGGACAGUGGAGCCAGAGCAUGGGUGCGCUAAGCCCAGAAAGGGACCAAUUCGACAACCUGUGCAGUCUUUUGCACUGCAGUCCCUGUGACUAGUCUACUUAAAGUCACGUCGAUGAUGUUGAACUUUUAGCUACUGUUUUGGUCUGCUAGCGUCAAAAAUGCCUUUCGUUCACUGUCGUCAACAAGCCUGGAAAGGCUGAGGUUUAUAUCGUGAAGGGUUUCCUUGCUCACCGUGCUUGCUCGUCAACCUCAUCACCUCAUUCCUUCUUCGACCUGUCUGACAUCCAUGUCACCGUCAACGAAGAAAGGCGACAUCGAGUCGCCCCCGGGUGCCGAGUCUGAGACUGAUCUCGAACUGCUCGGCCGUCAAAGACCAGAUGUCUUCUCCAGCACUUUUACCGAGGUUAUGUUUUGUGCUUCACUUCUGAUAUCCAUGUUCAUGGCGGAGUUCUUCAUCUCAGGCUUCAACAUCAUCCUUCCCUCGGUUUCCAUCUCGCUCGAAAUUCCAAAAACCUCACAGGUGUGGCCCGCCAGCGUCUUCUCCCUCGUCACUGGUGCCUUUCUACUGCCCUUUGGCAGGAUAGCCGACAUUUAUGGCGCCUACUGGGUUUUCAGCAUCGGAAUGGUCUGGUUCUCAGCUUGGUCUCUCAUCUCUGGCUUCAGCACGAAUUACAUCAUGCUUAUUGUCACCAGAGCUCUGGGUGGGUUUGGACCAGCGGCCUUCUUACCGACGGGGAUCAUGUUGCUGGGGAAGCUAUACCGUCCGGGUCCGAGAAAGAACUUGGUGUUUGCGCUUUACAGCGCCUUUGCGCCCAUUGGCUUCUUUUUGGGCAUCAUCACGGGCGGCUUGACGAUCGAGUACCUCAGUUGGAGGUGGUACUUUUACAUCGGCUCCAUUAUCCUGUUCAUCUCUUCAGCUGUUGCGUUUGUGACAAUUCCAAAAGACAUGGAGCAAACGAGAAGGGAAAAUGCCCAUAUCAAAAUGGACUGGUGGGGCAUUGUUACGAUUGCGCCGGGCUUGGUCUUGACUACAUUCGCCCUGACAGACGGAGCUCACGCACCCCACGGAUGGAAGAGUCCGUACAUCAUCGUGACUUUCAUUCUUGGCGUAUUGCUUCUAGGCGCCGCGGUCUACAUUGAAGGUUGGGUAGCAGAACAGCCGCUGCUCCCGUUCGAUCUCUUUCAACCAAAGUACAUGGUCCGGCUCACUGUCGCACUGUUCUUUGCCUAUGGCAUCUUCGGGGUUUUCCUAUUUUACGCCAGUUUCCAAAUCAGCGAGUGGAUGGGACAAACAGCACUCAUCACAGCCAUUUGGUUCGCCCCAAUGGCUGGUGGUGGUAUCGUAUUGGCCACAAUCGGUGGGUUUACCCUUCAUCUGUUGCCUGGUAGGCUACUCUUGAUCAUUUCUGCGCUUGGAAGCCUGGCCUGCGUGCUUCUGUUCGCGCUUAUGCCACAAGAUGCCAACUUUUGGGCAUGGGUCUUUCCUGCCAUGCUCGGCUCGACCAUUGGCAUAGACAUCACCUUCAUCGUCAGCAACGUCUUCAUCACGACCAAUGUUGCAAGGCAUAGGCAGGGUUUGGCAGGGGCUCUCAUCAACAGCCUCUUGUUUUUGGGCAUCAGCUUCUUCCUCGGCAUUUCGGAUCUUGCUGUUUCCGAAGAGACCAAGAGGGGUGGCACAACUGGACAUCAAGUCGCCUUUUGGUUUGCUACUGCUUGUGCUGUGGUUGUUCUGCUCUUGUUUGCCACCAUCAAGGUCGGCAAGGCUGAGUCCGAUUUGACCUUAGAAGAAAGGGCGGAGUUAGAAAGGCAGGCCAAAAACCAAGCCAGCCGGUCCACAGUGACCGAGGAGAAGGCCUAGUGGUGACACGACAUGACACCUAGAUGCUUAGAAUUGCGAGCUAGAAUGGCUUACUAAUUUAGACUGGAUAGACACCGCAUAGAAUAACUUCAACUAUAACCAUCU